CCCGAGCUCUUAGAUGAGAGACUAGACUAGAGCAUGAAUAACGGUACGCUACAAUAUUUACUAAAAUGUUUAACCGACAAGCCAACGUCAGAUGUCCAUGGCGUUUAUAAAUAAAUUAGUAAACAACAAAUACUCUCCCUUGUGUCGGUAAAUUGAAACUAGCAGUCCGCCAUCGCAAGCUUUUAUUCAGCCUUUGAAAUGGCCUGGGUCUGGAAGAGGAAGUCAGUAAUAGUGAGCAGUGUGAUUGUGCUGCUGUGUCUGUUUCUGGUGGUGAUGAAUUACUCGGAGAAGCCGUAUUUCCUGCUACAGCCUGUGUUUGGCCAGAGCUUCAGCAGAAACUGGAUGUUUUCCCGGGUGCCACACAAAGCCUUCAAACCCCACCACGGAUACCUCAGCAUCCCCAAACAGGAGCCGUUAAAGCUGCAUUGUGAGGUUUGCAGUAUAGUGUCCAGCUCUGGCCAGAUGUUGGGCCGUGAAGCAGGAGCUGAUAUUGACCAGUCCUCCUGCAUAUGGAGGAUGAACAACGCACCCACGCGUGGUUUUGAGAGGGACGUGGGCCACAGGACGGACCUGAGGGUAGUGUCGCACACCAGUGUUCCUCUGCUAAUCCAAAAGCCCCAGUACUUCUUCGGCCAGGGGAACGAGACCGUCUAUGUGGUUUGGGGGCCCUUGCGCAACAUGCGGCAGGAUGGAAAGGGAAUCGUCUACAACAUGCUGCGGCAGGCAGUGGAAAACUACCCACAGGCUCGCAUCUACGUCACUACGGAUGAGCGCAUGAAUUACUGCGACACCGUGUUUAAAAAGGAGACUGGUAAAGACAGGAUUCAGUCAGGUUCAUACCUGAGCACCGGUUGGUUUACGCUCAUUUUGGCAAUGGACAUGUGCAAGGAGAUCCGAGUCUACGGGAUGAUCAACGACACAUACUGCAAGUCAGAAAAUUACAGGAAGGUGCCGUACCACUACUACGAAGCAGGAAGUCGUGACGAAUGCGCCGAGUAUCUCUUGCACGAGAGCGCCCCCUAUGGUGGACACCGUUUCAUCACCGAAAAGGCUGUUUUUGCAAAAUGGGCCAAAACCCAUCCAAUCAAGUUUUUCAGUCCAGAGUGGCAGCUAUCAUGACCGCGGGAAUGUUCAGCCUCCAUCUCUACCGUUUUAACAUAAAUCAGAACAACUUCCCAUGACUAGAAGAAUCCUUCUGCUUGCAGUGUCAUAUUCCCAGUUGCUUGAGUGCAGUAAGUGUCCCAUCCUAACCAUAAGGAGAUGUAUGCAUUUGGUGUUGAAUUGCUGUGUGCAAAUAGUGGAUUUUGCAUCUUUUCACUUUUCACUCUGGACAACAAAGUAGCAGAUGUUUUCCUCUGAGCGCACACACACACUUGGCAGAGUAGAUGGACUACAAUUAUAAUGCAACGCUCUGUUUCUUCUUCAUCAUUGGAGACAGGAAUAAGAUGAGAAAUGUUGUGUGUGGCUUACGUUUCCUAUCACAAAACUACUGAUGCUCUUACCUACAAUGCUGGAUCUCGCCUUGUGCUAGUUAUUUUUGUCUCGUAGACAACCAUUGAAGCUGACCUUUCCACCGACCUGCAGUACUAUCAAUGCUUUUAAUCCAAAACCCAAAUAUUUUGCAUCUUUUUAGGGAUACAGUAUGUCACUUUAUAUGCUUUUCUUGAACAGCUGAAUUUUAGAUCAUUUAGGAACUUUCGCAUAUCACUUUUUACACGCAACGAUUAUUUUAUGACAUGCAAUGAUUCUUUUUCUGUGAAAAAAAGGCAUUUGUUAAUGUCAAGCUGGAAGGAAUAGCUCACCCCAAAAUGAAAAUAAUGUCAUCAUUUACUCAUCUUCAUGACAUUGCGAACCCUGUGGGUUUAUUAUUAUUAUUUUUUAUUUUUUGGAGGGCUUGACAGAUCUGCUCACUAUGAACUGUCAUUGCUUAGAUAAGAGCUGCAAGAAGAUUCUGCUAAUUCCCAGUUUCUGAAAAAAUAACCAGCAUCUGGGUUUGAAACGACAUGGCAGAGAAAAUACAAAAUUUGCAUAUUGAACAAAAACAGAAUAACGUGACAAGAAUGGGACAAACGUUGCAAAAGCUCUGUUGGUUCCACAUUAUUUGUCAUAUGUAGGCGGCAUACCGCUGACAGAAGAUGUAUAUGUACGUGAACGAUUCAGUGAAGUUUGCAACUGAUUUCCAAUGUCAAGAUAGUGCCUGUAUGAAGCGUAGCAUCCAAAGCAUUGUUACCCAAUCCAUCACUUUCCUUACACGUAACUCGCUUGUUUAAAAAAUGACCCUCCCAUCCAGAACCUGUCGGUGUUCUGAAUUCUCUUAAGAUAAAGGUACGCAAUCCCUGUUGUCAGAUCAGCAGGUUAAUUUGAUUAUCUACUGUAGCUGAGUGCUUUAACGUUGUAAACCGGCAGACAAUGCAGCACCCUGGGGAUCUCCCCGCUGUGUUGUUGUGUUUUUCAUCAUCGAGCACAGCAUGAAGCAUCUUGCAUGUAUAUGAAGCACAUUUGUCAGUACUGUACGUAACACGUUUUCCUGUCAGCUUGUGACAUCAUUAGGCAGCUCAACCAGGACAGCUUUUAUCUGUAGUGUGAGCGUGGUUGCAGUGCCAUUUGUUUUCCCUGGAGACAAUGAUCCAGCCACUGAGUGUUAUGUGACCAUAUACAAGAUACACUAAGAACAAUAGCAAGGAGCUAGAGCGCUUUGAUGAGAUACUGCUUACGCCUUUGGCCAAUCUGUUCAUUUAAACAAUUGAUGCCAGGUCAAUUUCUCGGAGUGCUGACCCAGGAUCAUCAUUUGCUGUCGUCUCUAUUGAUUUUCUUCAGCUUGUGAUAAAAAGCAGACCUGAUUAAGAAACAGCACUUUCACUCCUCUGUGUUUUUCAAUUUAACCCUUGUUCUGCUGUUCAUGUCAUUACACACACAUUGGGAAAAGUAGGAUAAGCCAUGCUACGUUUUAAUUAAUGGAACAUUCCACUUUUUUUGAAAAUAUGCUCAUUUUCCAGCUCCCCUAGAGUUAAACAUUUGAUUUGUACUUUUUUGGAAUCCAUUCAGCUGAUCUCCGGGUCUGGCACUAGCACUUUUAGCAUAGCUUAGCAUAAUCCAUUGAAUCUGAUUAGACCAUUAGCAUCGGGCAAAAAAAUAACCAAAGAGAUUCAAUUUUUUUUUUUUUAAACUUGACUCUUCUGUAGUUACAUCGUGUACUAAGACUGACGGAAAAUAAAAAGUUGCGAUUUUCUAAGCAAAAAUGGCUAGGAACUAUACUCUCAUUCUGGUGUAUUAAUCAAUGACUUUGCCGUUGUAACAUGACUGCAGCAGGUGUAGUGAUAUCACGCACUGCCAGAAAAUAGUCCCCUGAUAUUGAAAGUAACCAAGGGGACUAUUUUCGGCUGCUGCUAAACAACAGAAGAGUCAAGUUUAAAGUAGGAAAAAUAUCGAAACUUUGGUUAUUUUUUAGUGCGAUGCUAAUGGUCUAAUCAGAUUCAAUGGAUUGUGCUAAGCUAUGCUAAAAGUGCUAGCGCCAGACCCAGAGAUCAGCUAAAUGGAUUUCAAAAGGGUAAGAAUUAAAUGUUUCGAUAUCUAGGGGAGCUGGAAAAUGAGCAUAUUUUCAAAAAAAAAGUGGAGUGUACCUUUAAGUUGUUCUAUAAAUACGCAUCGAGAAAUGAGAUAGAGGUAAAAAUAGCACGUUUUAACAUAUUAACCGAUUAGUAUCUUACAUCUUACUUCACAGCCAUGAUUUUUCAAUCCAAGUACCUUCCUGGACUACAGCUGUGACAAACUUUGGUGCAGGAACAAGCAGUUUCCCCAAUAGCACAUCUCACCCACUCUCCUCUACUUUGAACAGCAAGUAAAAGCUUAUGAAGAGCUUUAUCUUCUUUAUCUGCCGGAUCACAGCCAAUGCCUUUCCAUAGAUCUUAAGAAGCUUUUUUUCACACGUUCAGCACAUGUUAUUAUCUGUUUGUUUUUUGUACAACAUAAAAUUGUCCUCAGCUUUGGGCUUGUUUGUCAUAAGUGCUUUAGCCUGCAUGUUUGAGAUAUACACGAAGUGUCCUUUUAGUCGCUUUUAUAGCUUAUUUAUAACUUAUUUAUAACCUUUUUUUCUGGCUUUUUGCUUUUUGUAUGUCUUCCAACGAUUAAGGUUUCAGCCAAAGGAGAAGGAUCUGUUUAGGAGAUAUUGAUUGGUGCUAAGUGGUUUGCUCACAUUGCUCGAAAUUUACAGAGAAUCAAAUAUACAAUGCCUUGCAAAAGUAACAAUUUCACUUAUAAGGAGUUACAAUUGCCUUACAUUUAGCCCAUGGAUCAUUAAAAUGACUUAAAAAGCUCCACAGUUAAUCAUCAUUUACACACUCAAAAAAAUGGCUGGGUUAUUUUUAACCCAUGCUGGGUAAAUAUUGGACAAAACACACCCUUGGGUUAAAAUUGACCCAAUGAUGUUUUAUGCCUAUUACCCAUGAUUGCAUAACAUCAACAACCUACCAUUGGGUCAUUUUUAACCCAGCAUGUGUUGUUCAGUCCAAUAUUUACCCAACAUGGUUAAAAAUGACCCAGCCGUAUCAUUACAAUGAAAAGUGAGGUGAUGUAAAAACAACUUUUCCAUAAAAAACUCUUGGUUCUCUGGGUCGUUGGGUGAUUAGAAAAUUUUUAUGAUCAUUCAAUUUUUAGAUACUGCUUAAAUAUAAAUUAAAGUGUACCAAGAGCCUUCCAUUUACUGACCUGUAUGGUAAGUUGGUCAGGGAGGAUCCUACAUUUACAUUAUAUUUUAUAUAAAUACUUUAAUAGUAGUAACUCUCUAGACUAAAGAGGCCGUUCCCUGCCAAAUUCCAUAGUGUAUAACUCUCUAUUAAUAAUAACUGUGUGCCCACAAUGAUUGUAUGCAUGCUUUUACAGCUGAGACUGGGCGUGUAAUUUAAAAAAGAGAGAAAGAAUAAAUGGAAAUCUUUCACCUGGACAGUAAUCCAAAACAUUAGGUCGAUGUUGAAGUAAAAGAGGUGAAUUUCCUACAAUCCCCAAGUCAUAGCCUUGAUCUCAGUCCAAUUGAAAAUCUCCAUCUGUCUUUGAAAACCACAGUGCACAGGUCACUGACUAACCUGAAAUACCAAUUAACCUGGAAAAACGGGCCAGAAUUACACCUGAGCAGUGUAUGCGUAUCCCAGAAGUAUUUUUUAUUUCCGUUUUUAUUAUGUAUGUUUUGAAAAUCCUUGCAAGGCACUGUAUCAUCCUGUGAGCAGAUUAAAAAGUUGCCUUGGAAGUGUUUCACAAGGUGGAACUAUAAAAAUGUAAAUUUGUUUUAACGUUGUUGUAGGAAGUGUACGAAAGAUGACUCUUCUUGUGUUUAAUCUCAAAGGUGAUCAAAUAAAUACAAACUUUAUAGGCAUAGCCCUAUUUUACAGACUACAGCUGCAUAUAUUUUUGAAUAAUUUACAGGUCAGUCUGCUGUAUUGUGAUGUAAAACGUGUCUUAAAACGUGUCUUGUGAAUUCAUGUUUCUGAUUGUCUUGCUGACAGAUGUGAAUAUCACCGUAAUGUACUGUAGCAUCAUCGUUUAAAACUUUUACAUACAGAAUAUAGAUCAGGCACCCAACAUGGAUCUCAAAUAUUAGUUUAAAUAUAAAUAGUUUAUUUGUUUUUAUUUAGCUACCUGAAAGGUAGCACCUGUAAAGACUUACCCAAAUAAGCAUUUUGAUAUCUCCAUACUGAUGAGUGGUUGAUAUAAAAAAUAUAAAUUUGCAAAUACUAAUCAGAUUGAAGUACUUCAGAACGCAAGUGUAAAUACCCAGAUUCCAUUUGCAAGUAUCACCGGCUCAUUUAGGCAGAAAAGCAUUUGCAUUCCAGUUCUGUAUAACCCGAUAAGACUUAUGAAAUCUUAUAAGCGUGGAAGCUUUGAUCAGUCAUUUUCUCAGCAGCAGAUGCCUGUGAUUGUAAAAUUCGAAUUAAUGCUCAGUCCAGGUCAGUCCAGAUGAUAUGCAUUAUUAGUUGGUGACAUGCCUUACUGAUGCCUUUGUUGUACUGGUGGGCUGCUCUAUUGUUUCUACACGUGGUUAUUAGAGAAGUGAGUGUGAUUGUGAUCAAUGGUUAAACUCCUCAUUAAAGUGCAAAUGAACCAUAGAAUAGUGCGAGGAAAUGAGCAUUAAUAUGCCGCGUAGCACAUAUCUCAUUCCAACAUAUCUUUGUGUUUCCCCCUCUCCAUAUAUCUUGCUGUAGCUUAAACUAUGAACGUUUUAAAAAGACCUCUAUUGGUAAUGUCAGUGGGCAGUGCUAAGUCUCAAAGUUACUUGACGUUUGUAGUUCAUCUGAAACUUUGCUGGGCAGGGUUAGCCCUGCUGAAAAAAACAGCAUCAAACCGGCAUGGGAAUUAUGCUGGUCUAUGCUGGUUUAGCUGGUGGUCACAGCAUACCAGCACCAAAACACAACAUAUGCUGGUAUGACCAGCAUGGGAUGCUGGUGCUAAUGCUGGUUUAGCUGGUGCUAAUGCUGGUGCUGAUGCUGGUUUGAUGCUGGUUUAGCUGGUGUUCACUAGCAAACCAGCACCAAAACACAACAUAUGCUGGUCUUGCUGGUAUGCUGUUUUUUUCAGCAGGGAGAUAACACAUUAUUUUAGUUUUUUUUAAAUGGGCAUUUUCCUGCUAAAUGUUCUGUUCUAAUGCCUUUCAUUGAACUAAUGGCAUGUGUCACCACCUACACUACUUUCCUUAAGCCUACCAUUAUGAAAUUUCACUGCAUUUCUGGAAAAAAAUCACGAUUUUUUUAACAUCACACCAGUGGAAUACUGUAUGUCUCUACAUCAGCUGGUUAACCUGACUUUGUUGCAUUAAACUAUGAUCUUAUGUAUAUAAAUACUGUAUAUAUAGCAAGAGAGAAAGAAAAAUGUUAAAAUAUAUUAUGCUUUUUAUUUUGCCUACCAGUUAAUAGGAACUGAAGUGGGGGGCGGGGCUAAUCUAUCAUGCUCUUUGUUAUAAAGUUUACAUUUUUGUAAAAUCUGUUGUUUGUUGUUUCAUGUGAUCACUUUGUCUCCUUUACAUCUGUAACUAUGUAUUCUGCUUGUUUUUCUGUUACAACACUGUGCUAGGUUGCUUAGAAAACAAAUGUUACAAUUUGACAAAAUGUUGACUUUUCAAGCAGCGUGAAAUGUCACUUUCAUUUUUGUAAUUGCUAUCUGGCUGUUUUUAAUAAAUGAAAAACAUUAAAAAAGUGAUAUGAA